CUGCCACCUCAGGCCUCUUCCGGAGGUCCUACGUGAGCGACGCCUGGCGGGUAUAUUAAGGAUGCCCCGGAAGGCGUGGCUGAGAGAGCGGAAGUUCUCAGACGUCCUCGUGGCUGUCUGCGGAGAGGUGAGGCAUUUCUGUAGUGACCCACUUCUUUGCGCCUUGUGUGGACCGAGGCCGCGUGGCCGUUUUGGGUGGAGAACCGGCUGGGCUUCAACUCUGCUCAAGACUGCGCCCGGGCCUUCUGAGAACUCGCGAGACCCGAGACUUGUUCCCGCCGGUGCCCUUGAUUCCAGGCCCAGCACAGCCAUGGCUCGUGGUCCCAAGAAGCACCUGAAGCGUGUGGCAGCCCCAAAGCAUUGGAUGCUUGAUAAGUUGACAGGAGUGUUUGCUCCUAGACCCUCCACAGGCCCCCAUAAGCUGAGGGAGUGCCUCCCCCUCAUCAUCUUCCUUAGAAAUAGACUCAAGUAUGCCCUGACGGGAGAUGAGGUAAAGAAGAUCUGUAUGCAGCGGUUCAUCAAGAUUGAUGGCAAAGUCCGCACUGACAUUACCUACCCUGCUGGCUUUAUGGAUGUCAUCAGCAUCGAUAAGACAGGAGAACAUUUCCGUCUGGUAUAUGACACCAAGGGCCGUUUUGCUGUUCAUCGCAUCACGGCUGAAGAGGCAAAAUAUAAAUUGUGCAAAGUGAGAAAGAUCUUUGUGGCUACAAAAGGGAUCCCUCAUCUGGUGACCCAUGAUGCCCGUACGAUCCGUUAUCCAGAUCCUCUAAUCAAAGUGAAUGACACCGUCCAGAUUGAUUUAGAGACUGGCAAGAUCACUGAAUUCAUCAAAUUUGAUACUGGCAACCUAUGUAUGGUGACUGGUGGUGCUAACCUGGGUCGAAUUGGUGUGAUCACCAACAGGGAGAGGCAUCCAGGCUCUUUUGAUGUUGUCCAUGUGAAGGAUGCCAAUGGCAAUAGCUUUGCCACUAGGCUUUCAAAUAUUUUCGUUAUUGGCAAAGGUAACAAGCCUUGGAUUUCUCUACCCCGUGGAAAAGGUAUCCGUCUCACCAUUGCUGAAGAAAGAGAUAAGAGAUUGGCAGCCAAACAGAGCAGUGGAUAAAUGAAGAUGAGGACUAGUGGAAUAUGUGAUCAGAUAAAGCUGUUACAGCAUGGAAAAAAUUUCCUUUUGUCAAUUUUGGUAGUUGAUACUGUUGUAGGUAGUCAUCUGUUUCAUUUAUGUUGUCUGAUUUAUUGGAAUAUAGCUCUGUGGACUGGUUUUAUUUAGUAGUUUACAUUUUCUUGGUCAACUUUUGGUUUAUUCUAGUUUAAUAAAACAGCAUAUAUUAUUUCUUCCUUUUAUAAUUUGUUGGCUUUUACAGGCUAGACUGAGAUUAAUAUUUGUGAGUGUUCUAUAUGCAUUUGAAAAGAAUGCUUAUUCUCUGCUUAUCCUGUUUAGUUCUCUUCAUAUAACUCGUAAUUCUAAUGUAUUUAAGUAAGUUCAGAUCAAAUAUUUACUGUUAACCUCAUUUGGGUUUAUCCUUCUGAUGAUUGAAUGUUGACAUCUAUUAUAUUUGUCUUUUUUCUUAUAUCACUGUUAUACUUUUCUUAAUUUAGUAGAUGUGUUUGUCUCAAAUAAAAUGAGAAUUACUGCAUA